CAAUUUCAAACUCUGCUCGUUACCACCUGGGCCAACCCGACCUUUACUUUGAAAACCCCCUAGCGGAAGUUGACCGCUGAUUGUGGCGUGUCCGCUUGCACGAACUCCCCUCUCGUUCCUUAACAACAAGAUGGACUGGAGCGGGGACGGACACGAGCACGGCCACAUGCGUGACAGCUGUCACCACGGGCACGGGGGCCACUCUCACAGCCAUGGGCCCAGGGCCACGGCCUUCGGCGGGAUGGCGGACGCCUUCGCGCCGGCGUUCUCCGGACAGUUCGUCAAAAGCGCCGAUCAGACAAUGGAACUCACUCAGCAGCCGAAGAAGCGCUCGCUCAUGGACGACAGCAGCAGCUGGGACAUAGUGAAAGCCACGCAGUUCGGCAUCUUGGAACGCUGUAAAGAACUGGUGGAGGCGGGAUACGAUGUCAGGCAGCCAGACAAGGAGAACGUCAGUCUGCUGCACUGGGCAGCCAUCAACAAUCGCACAGAGCUGGUCAAGUAUUACCUUUCUAAAGGGGCAGUAGUUGACCAGCUUGGUGGAGACCUGAACUCGACUCCCCUUCACUGGGCCAUAAGGCAGGGCCACCUGCCCAUGGUGAUCCAACUGAUGAGAUAUGGAGCAGAUCCUUCCGUUGCUGAUGGAGAAGGCUACCGUGCUCUUCACCUCGCCAUUCUCUUCCAGCACAUGGCCAUAGCAGCUUAUCUAAUGGCCAAGGGGCAGGAAGUCGAUGGGCCUGACUGUAAUGGACAGACGCCACUAAUGUUAGCAGCACAGAAAAUCAUUGGACCUGAACCCACAAACUUCCUGAUCAAGAACAACGCUUCUGUGAGUGCUGUGGACAAAGUGAACAGGAACACGCCGCUGCACUGCGCUGUGCUGGCGGGAAACGUGGACGCAGCCCACAUCCUGCUGGAUGCCGGAGCCAGUGUGGAUGCAGAAAACAUCAACGGUCACACUCCCAUCGACCUGGCCCACCAGGUGCACAGCCCGCUCCUCAUCCACAUGCUCAACCACAUUAAACAGGAGAGGAUUCGCUCCAGCUCGCGCUGCCUGCGGAUGCUCAACAGAUACAAGGUCAUUCUGCAGAUUCUACUCUGCACGUGCAUGUUUGGAAGUGUGGCCGCGAUAGUGGACAUGAACUCGGAGUCGUGGCUGCUCAAAGGGAUCCUGUUGGCCUGUGUGAUAGGUGUCAUCAACCUGGCGUCACGGAAUUUCUCGGGUCCAGCCUUUCAGACGCUCCUGCCGUCUUCAGCCCUUGUGGCUUCAGUCUUCUGGAUGCUCGUCACCUGGUGCCUCUGGUUCCUGCCAGAUGGGCAUGGCGCCACUGUUCAGGUCCUGUUCACUCUCGAUGCCACUGCUCUCAUCUACUACUACCUCCGUACGACUAGGACCGAUCCAGGCUUCGUCAAAGCCACCGAAGAGGAGAAGAAGAUGAAUGUGUUGGUGUUGGCUGAAGCCGGCUGUUUGGACCCCAGGAUUUUCUGCACGUCUUGUAUGAUAAAGAAACCAAUGAGAGCGAACCACUGCUUCAGCUGUGACGCCUGUGUGGCAAAGCAGGACCACCACUCCAUCUGGACCAACAGCUGCAUCGGUGCAAGGAACCAUCACUACUUCGUGCUGUUUUUGUUCUCGUUCCUGCUGUUGACCUGCUGGAUGUUCUACGGAUGCCUCACAUACUGGACCACGCGCUGCGCGCUGCGCUACGAGGAGCAGGGCGUGUGGGGUGUGGCGUCUGUCCUGGUCAGCUGCUCUCCCUGGGUGCUCUGCGUCUUCCUGCUCAGCUUCUACCACACCUGCUGGUCCAUCACCAUCCUGCUGAUGCAGCUCUACCAGAUUGCUUUUCUGGGACUAACCACAGCCGAGCGGACGAGUCUGACUCUCCACCAGAAGAAACUCAGAUCCACGUCCUCUCUGAGACAGAAUCCAUACAAUCAGGGCGUGCUGCGGAACCUGGUGUCCUUCUUCCACCUGCGCUGCUGCGGCUUCUUCAAACCGACCGUUGUCGACUGGACGCAGCAGUUUCCACCCGGCCGUGACCAGCACAUGUUUGGGCCCACGGACAUGGUCUGACCUCCACGUAGCCCCCCACUCAGGGUCAAGGGUCAGGCUGUCACAGGGGUUCUGGACCAAAAGCACAGAUUCUCUAUAUUUAUUUUUUAUUUGCCUUUGAAGGAGAUAGACCAACAUAAAUAGAAGUUAAGAAAAUAAAGCAACAUUGGGCUGAGUUGCUUUUUGUACAGACUGCUGCUGCCUUAAACUUGAACAAUGUAUAUGAAAUAAAUGUCUAAAUUUGGGUAUGACUAAUCCUCUGAAAGCCUGAAUUAAGGUUUUAAGCUGUUUUUAUAAACGUCAAGACUAUUUUUAUCUGUUAUAAAAGAAGACUAUUUGUAAACAGCUGGUUUUAUGACUUUUGUACAAUUUGCAUGUGUUUCUAUUGAUGACCACUAUAGUCCUUCAAUAAAACAUAGUUAUGCCUGUGUUUCUAAGGUAAA